AUCCCAAAGUGAGCUGGAGUGCGCUGUGGAGGAGGGGUGUGCGGCGGCCGGGAAGGAGGCCGGAGCCUGCCGGUGCCGCCUGUCAGGCAGCCCUGGGCCAGCUGGGGCGCUUGGGCCACGCUCCCCUUGACAGCCCUGCUGUGGACAGCAGGUGGGGGAGGGCACUGCUCCCUCCCUGAUGUGCCAGAAGCCAGGAGCAGCCAUCCAGGUGACUAAGCCAGCCCACUGGCACUGACUCAUCCCCUGGCCUGAAGGUUUCUUCCUUCCCUUUUGCAUCUGAUUAUUUGGGGAGCUGGAAACUUGGAGCUCCCACCUGAGUCCCGCCCCUUCUAGCUCUCCCCUCCUUACCUUGGGCUCCAAGGAAGAUGGGACCUGCUGAAAAUCUGCUGCUACCCCCUGAGGAUAUGGAAGACGCUGUGGGGGCCCGAGAUGCCCAGGGAGACACACCAGCCAACAAAGUGCAAUAGCAGAUAUGGUGACCAGGCUGCUGUGUCCUGUGGAGGUGUCAGGAGAGAAGGGGAGUCUGGUCUGCCCUGACUGGAGUCCUCCGGGGCUGGCUUGGAACUCACCUCCCACGAGCUAUUUCUGUCAAUGAGUGGCUUCUAGGGUCAGAAUAGCACUUGAAGAGUGAAGCUGGAUUGGCUUAGGCUGGCCUGAGCAGGGAGUGGCGCUUCCUGGGCUGGAGACAAGCAUUGGCCUGCAGUCGGGAGCUGGAGGCUCAGCUGUCCGGAGGAGCGGCCACGGCCUUGGUGGACUGGCCGGGAAGAUCUUUAGUCUUCCCUCUUCUGGUGCCUGAGAGCUCUGCCCACGGACGAGUGAGGAUUUGGGAGGAAGAAGAGGCGAGGAAGGCAGGCCAGAGGCUCCUGUGAAGCCCCUGCUGGAGCUCAGCCUGACCUUCCCCAUGCAGACACCAUGUUCCGCAAGAAAAAGAAGAAACGCCCUGAGAUCUCGGCCCCGCAGAACUUCCAGCACCGCGUCCAUACCUCCUUUGACCCUAAAGAAGGCAAGUUUGUGGGCCUCCCCCCACAAUGGCAGAACAUCCUGGACACACUUCGGCGCCCCAAACCCGUGGUGGACCCUUCACGCAUCACACGGGUGCAGCUCCAGCCCAUGAAGACAGUGGUGCGUGGCAGCUCUGUACCCAUGGACGGCUACAUAUCUGGGCUGCUCAAUGACAUCCAGAAGUUGUCGGUCAUCAGCUCCAACACCCUGCGCGGCCGCAGCCCCGCCAGCCGGCGGCGGGCACAGUCCCUGGGGCUGCUGGGUGAGGAACAGUGGGCCGCCAACCCCGACAUGUACCUGCAGAGCCCCCAGUCUGAGUGCACUGACUCCCAUGGCCUCUACCUCAGCUGCGACGGGGGCACACCAGCAGGCCGCAGACAGCCGGAGCCACAGAGCCCACGGGUCCUGCCCAACGGGCUGGCCACCAAGGCGCAGUCCCUGGGCCCCGCCGAGUUCCAGGGUGCCACACAGCACUGCCUGCAGCUGGGGGCCUGCCUGCAGAGCUCCCCGCCCAGCUCCUCGCCCCCUGCAAACACCGGGAAGCGGGGGACCAAGGCUGCCAGGCAUGGAGCUGAGGAGACCCGGCCACAGUCUUGCCUAGUGGGCUCAGCUGCGGGCAGGCCCGGUGUGGAGGGCAGCCCCAGCCCUAAGACCCAGGAGAGUAGCCUCAAGCGCAGGCUCUUCCGAAGCAUGUUCCUGUCCACUCCUGCUCCGGCCCCUCCAAGCAGCAGCAAGCCAGGCCCUCCGCCACAGAGCAAGCCCAACUCCUUCCGACCGCAGCAAAGAACCUCCCCCGCGAGCCUGGUGGUCAAGGCCCAGUCCUUGCCCUCAGACCAGCCCAUGGGGACCUUCAGCCCUCUGACCACCUCAGAUACCAGCAGCCCUCAGAAGUCCCUCCACAGAGGUCCAGCGUCCGGCCCUCCUCCGGGCCGGUCUUCACCAGCGGGCUCCCCCCGCACCCGGCAUGCCCAGAUCAGCACCAGCAACCUGUACCUGCCCCAGGACUCUGCAGUGGCCAAGGGUGCCCUAGCUGGUGAGGACACGGGUGUUGUGACCCACGAGCAGUUCAAGGCUGCACUCAGGAUGGUGGUGGACCAGGGUGACCCCCGGCUGCUGCUGGACAGCUACGUGAAGAUUGGCGAGGGCUCCACAGGCAUUGUCUGCCUGGCCCGGGAGAAGCACUCAGGCCGCCAGGUGGCCGUCAAGAUGAUGGACCUCAGGAAGCAGCAGCGCAGGGAGCUGCUCUUUAAUGAGGUGGUGAUAAUGCGGGACUACCAGCAUCUCAAUGUGGUGGAGAUGUACAAGAGCUACCUGGUCGGCGAGGAGCUGUGGGUGCUCAUGGAGUUCCUGCAGGGCGGGGCCCUCACGGACAUCAUCUCCCAAGUCAGGCUGAACGAGGAGCAGAUCGCCACUGUGUGUGAGGCCGUGCUGCAGGCUCUGGCUUACCUGCAUGCGCAGGGUGUCAUCCACCGGGACAUCAAGAGCGACUCUAUCCUGCUGACCCUCGAUGGCAGGGUGAAACUCUCGGACUUCGGAUUCUGUGCUCAGAUCAGCAAAGAUGUCCCUAAGAGGAAGUCCCUGGUGGGAACUCCCUACUGGAUGGCUCCUGAAGUGAUCUCCAGGUCUCUGUAUGCGACCGAGGUGGAUAUCUGGUCUCUGGGUAUCAUGGUGAUAGAGAUGGUGGACGGGGAGCCACCCUACUUCAGUGACUCCCCAGUGCAAGCCAUGAAGAGGCUCCGGGACAGCCCCCCACCCAAGCUGAAAAACUCUCACAAGGUGUCCCCAGUGCUGCGAGACUUCCUGGAAAGGAUGCUGGUGCGAGACCCCCAGGAGAGAGCCACAGCCCAGGAGCUCCUGGACCAUCCCUUCCUGCUGCAGACGGGACUACCAGAGUGCCUGGUACCCCUGAUCCAUCUCUACCGCAAGCAGACCUCCACCUGCUGAACCCACCCCCAGAGUGCACCUGCCAUCUGUGCCCACAGGCAGGGGACACUGGGCAACCAGCUUGCCGACAGGGCCUGCCUGCCUCAUUUUCUCAGUAUUCUCUCCAAAGAUUGAAUGUGAAGCCCCACCCCCACCCUCCUGCCCCUCAGCCCAUUGGGCCAGGCCGGACCUGCCCCUCAGUCUCUCUCCCCUCCAAGAGAGUCCCCAGUUGCCUUUGGGAUGAUGGAGACCCCUUCUUCAGGAUGACCCUUUGUUAUUUGCACAGGGAUAUUUCUAAGAAACACCAAGACCAGCACUUCUGACCACUGUAGCCAACACGGCAGAAAAGGCUGCUGCAGUUUUUUUAAAGGCAGUUGUAUACUAGCAUCCCAGGCCACCCAAGAGGGCGGAGGGCCUGUCUUUACCAGGAUACUUUCUGUGCUCAGCUCCAGUUCCAAACCCUGGGAACUCAAGAGGGCCACAGGGAAGGUUUUUAUUGCCUGAAUCUGUCUUCUUCCCUUGUGUCUGACUUCCUGAAGACACAGCCCCACCUGCACCUGCUUCCCGACCCACCUGCACUGACAACACACAACACUGGUAUGCACAGCCUGCUCCUAGACCAUGGGAGGCCACAGGAAGGGGAGGGGCAUUUUCUGGGUAAAAGAGAAACAAUAGGGUUGGUGGUAAUAGUGCUGUUACUUUACAGGAUGCGGAUGCUCACCCUAUCCUGUGUGUGUGUGUGUGUGUGUGUGUGUGUAAGCAGAGUAAUGUCACCCUGACAGCCUGGCCCCAUCCAUGAGGCUUGCCCAUCCUCUCUCCCACUAAGUUCUGCACUGAAGGGACCUGCUUUCUUGGCCUGGCUUCCCACCUCUGAAGUCCCAGGUUGCUACCUGACCAGUGGAGAGGUCUGUAUUGAGUCUAACACAUCUUGCGGACGGGGCAGGUUUCUGAGUUUCUCCUAUACUAUGGAGUCUGAGAGCCCAAGAACCAGAAGGGUGAGGAAACAAACUUUGUUUUACUUGUGAACUUCAUCUCAAUAACCAGGUCAUCAGGAACCCUUUGCAAAAUCCUGGUCUGGGGGAGGGGGACCAGCUCCCAGGGUUCCAUGUUGUCAAGAGAAGGGGCACCCCAUCACCCCAUUUGUGCAAACUACCUGCCUCUAGCUGCCUCCUCAGAUACUUGUCUCCAGUCCUCCUUCCUUCCCCACCUUUAGGGCUGUUGUGAGACAGGGAAGCCCAGAGAAGAACUCCAGGUGUCUAGACCCUAUCUAGAUCAUAUUUUUAGAUUCCUCUGCUCCCCAGUGGCCUGCUCUGGAGCAAAACAAACAGAAAAACAGCAAGGACUUUUUUUUUUUAAGGGUCAGAAUUUUAAAAACAAAAGCAUCUUCCCUAGAAACUUUUGUGAAUUGUUUGCACUUGUGCCUGUUUUAAAUUAAA